AUCGAUUCAAUCAUUCAUUCGUUCAUUCAUUCAUUCAUCAUACAUCUAGUCAUUUGUAAUCUUGUUUGAAUCGAUUCAUCAUUCGUUGCCAUUUUGAAUGGUAAAAACCAGUGUUAAAUCAAUGUAACUAACUAGACAACUUUGGUUGAAUUGUCAUAACAAAAAUAGCGACCAUCUAACCAGUUUUCUUCUUGUUCAUCCAUUUCAACCAUCAAUCAGUUAAGAGAAUCAUCAAAAAAAAAAUAACAAAAACAAUAUCACAAACUAAAAAGGCAAUCAGAUUACAUCCAAAAAAAAUCAUCGUAACAUACGACUUAAUUGAAUGGUCACAAUUACAACCAUCAUCAUCAUCAAUGAUUUAUCGAUUGUAUAAUUAAGAAUUUGAUUCAUUUUCAAACAGACCACGAUGCAGUCGUCAUCAACUACAUCGACAAUCAUCAUACCAAAUGGUGAUUACAUUGAACAACCAUCAAAAAAUGAUUUAAAUAAUAAUCAUAUAAAUGAUGAUUCGAAUUUUAUCAUUAAAAAUGUACAAAUUGCUAUCGAUCCAAUUAUCAUGAAUGGUGAUCGUGGUGAUGAUGGUGAAGAUCAGGAACAGAUUGAUAAAAAUAUUGAACAAUUUUGUUCGAUUCCCGGUGAACCAAAAGAUUCACAAGCCGAAUUGGAUUAUUCGAUCGCUAAUAUUGUCAAUAGCCAACAACAUGACAAGAAUGGAAAUAUGGAUAAAUUAAUGAAAGAACAACCUUCUUGUCCGGGCAAACUUGAUUAUGUACCUGGCCCGAAAAUUAUUGCUAAAAAUCGGUGGCAAAAAAUUUGGCAUCUUGCUUGCCGUUUAAAAUGGAACAACAUAUUCUAUUUAACCACAUUGCAUGUGACAUGUGUGUUUGCAUGUUAUCAUGCAGCCAUAUAUCCGGUCAAAGUUUUGACAGUAGCUUCAGCUAUCACACUUGGAUAUUUUUCCGGUAUGGGUAUGUCGGUCGGUGCACAUAGAUAUUGGGCUCAUCGUUCAUUCAAAGCCAAACCAAUAUUACGGUUAGGAUUAAUGUUAUUACAAACUAUGACAAUGAACGGUACAAUAUUCUCGUAUGCUCGUGACCAUCGUAAUCAUCAUAAAUAUUCUGACACUGAAGCAGAUCCAAAAAAUCCAGCUCGUGGAUUAUUUCAUGCUCAUGUUGGCUGGUGGUUAUGGAAAAAAUCACCCGUAGUAAUAGCUAUGGGCAAAAAAUUCGAUGUUUCUGACCUUUGGAAUGAUCCACUUAUCCGUUUUCAACAUAAAUAUUAUGUACCAUUGUUUACUGUGCUCAACAUCAUAUUACCGACCAUUGUGCCAUGGCUAUUGUGGAACGAAAAUCCUUUGACUGCAUUCUAUGUGAUUGUAAUAAUUCGUACAACAGUCGUUUUACAUUUAUUGUUUUGCGUUAAUUCAGUGGCUCAUCAUUAUGGUUAUCGUCCAUACGAUUUUCGUAUUCGUCCAGCAGAUAAUCGUAUUAUUAAUUAUUUAUCGAUGGGUGAAGGAAACCAUAAUUAUCAUCAUGUUUUUCCUUAUGAUUAUCGUUCAAAUGAAAAAGAAUAUUGGGAAUAUUUUGAUCCAAUCAGUCAUUUUAUACAUAUUACACAGAUGCUUGGUUUAACAUAUGAUUGUAAAAAAGCAUCACCACGUGUAGUAAUGGGUAUUGUACGUCGUAAAGGAAUUCCAGCACAUUUUGAUCAUCCACGAUCAUUAACAUUUCGAAUAGUUAAUGCUAUGUUUGAUUGGGUUGCCGGUUCAAUUGUAACCUUAUGGUUUCUAUAUCCAUUUAUUAUAUACAAAUACAUGACCAAUAGAGAAAUAUUCAUUUUUCGUUGGGAAACAUGAUGAUUAUUCAUUAUUUUUUUAUUUAAAUAAUACAACUAUUCUUAUUGAUUCAAUCAAUCAUCAAUCACAGAAUUAUGUUGUUCCAUUAAUUUAACCUAUUUUUUUUCUUAUUCCAAUGAUAA